ACGCCCAUUAUUAUAAGACACCAGCCAACUCAUACGAGUCAUCGCAGACAGCCAUUUUAGGUGGACGUUUUUGUCUUGCAACCGAGGACUGAAUAAACGCGGAUAAAACAUGGCUAGGUACAGGGGAAGGAACCUGUUGUAUGAGAAGAUGGAUUUGGACUUUUGGAGGGCCAUUUUUGCCGAGUUUCUGGGCACGAUGCUGUACGUGUUUGUAGUGUGCGGAGCCCAUGUCAUCGUCGCUGUGUACAACGGGGUAACAACUUACGCCAGCACGCCAACUGACUUCCCGCAUGAUCAGGUCAGCCCUAUCAUCAUUGGUCUGGCGUCCGGGCUGGCUUACGCCACCAUGGUCCAGAUGUUCGGACUCAACAGCGGUGGUCACUUCAACCCAGCGGUGACCAUCGGCAUGGUCAUCGGUCAGAAGAUCACCAUUCUCCGGGCGUUCCUGUACCUGUGUGCGCAGGUGGUUGGCGGGAUCGCUGGGGCGGCCAUUAUGUACGGGUUGUCACCCACAAGCACCGUGGCAAGGAACUCUCUGAGGAACUACAUCGGAAUAACCACACCAGGGAUGGCGGAAUCUGGAUUUCUGACAAACGCUGACGUCACGUCUGCCCAAGCCCUGGGAGUUGAGAUCAUGUUCACGUUCAUCCUCGUCUUCACCAUCUUCGCCACCGUCGACCCACAUCGUAAGGUCCUCGGGAGCGCUUCGCUCUCCAUCGGGCUGCCGAUCGCCAUCGCCUCCUUUGCCGGGCUGUUCCACUCGGGCGCUAGCCUAAACCCUGCUCGCUCUCUCGGUCCAGCUGUCAUUGUUGACCAGAACGCCAUCUUCACAAACCGAUGGACUGACCACUGGGUGUACUGGGUUGGACCGAUCCUUGGUGGAGGCGUGGCCGCGCUGCUGUACGAGUUUAUCUUCAACCCUCUUCGCUACAUCGCUGAUGACCUGGAUAUUGUUGACCAAGACGUUAUCGACAUCUUGAAGUACCUGGCUCAUAAGUACCGUGGAAUGUACAUGAUGGCGGAUGCCGAGCCGAUCGUAGAGGAUCGCUACAUCGUCGACGGCCCGCGCCCAUCGCUGAAGCCCAACACUCCUGUCUACCGCAAGCCUUACUACGUCCGCGCCAACGACGCGCCCUACGCCAUGCGCUCGGAGCCCGCCCGUACCCUCCCCGAGCCAGCCUACCCUAUGUACCCCCGUGCCGAACCGGCUUAUCCGCUUCGUCAGUUGAACGGGCCCGCUCCAAUGUAAACCGCUAGUGGGCGCUCGUCUACGGUCCAAAAAGCCAGUCAACCGCAGUGCCGUACUUGACAAUAGCUACACAUGUAAUUCAAAGUAGUUGUCGAUUGUGUCACGAUGACAAUUUGAGGUCACUUUUGCAUUCUUAUAUGGCAUAUUAAGCAUAACGUUUGUAUCAACACGUAUAUUACUUAUUAGAGGGGGCGCAAUCCAUAGACUGUAAAUGAUAGAACUAGAAACUUGGUAACCGAAGUGAAGAGGCUUAAGCGCUUACAUCGUUCAAAUUUGAAUCAAUCAAUCAAUCAAUCAAUCAAUCAAUCAAUCAAUAUGUGAUAAUUUUUAUUUUUAGCUCCCUGUAUUUUUUAAUGAAGAAAGCAUUGAUAAAGAGAUCUAAGACGCGUACACUUAGAAAAAUGGCAAUAUUUUUGCUACAAGUUAUUGCUUUUAUUUACGCUCAUGCCAUCGGUGUACAUUUAAGGUAUGAUAUAGUGGCUUUUAUAUGAUUAUAUAACAUUGAAUGCUGUAGAACCCUUUACGUUCUUGGACAGAGAAAAUAUAAUUUUUAGAAUGUAUCUAAGUAACACAGUAAGUAAUGCCUUUAUUUAUGUUCCCAUUAUGUAAUAUAGCAAUUAGGGUGAUACGUGGAAUAUGGGUAAUAUUUUCCCCUAAGUUUGAAUUCGGAAGAAAAUCAGCAAGAUUUUAGUGAUGAUGAUUAUGAUUAUGAUAGCAAAAAGUGUCUAGAAAAAGUGUGUGCAAAAAAAGUACGAAUUGACAGAAAGCAAAAGCACGUGACAAGUUAGUUUUGCACCACUAGGCCACAGAACAUAUAAUUAUUAGUCGAAUUCAAAGCUUCACGAUUAUAUUUGAUAAACGUUUAGCAUAUAUGAGAAAAAAAACUGCAUACGUAUAUACUGCUACCACUUUGUUCCCUAAGGCUUAUGUCUGCGGUAUAUGGCCUUCUUGACUUUUAUACCUAGUUGUCAGACUUUAACCGGACUUGACAGAAAAUCUGUUCGGCAGCAAAGGCGGUUCCUCCCGCUAACCUCAGAUGAUCACUCCGGGAGGUCUCAUGAAGAGAAGUAGCUUGCUGAGUUGACACCAGACCUCCUAAGAAAUCUAGCGUAUGGUCAUCGGGAAUUGAUGCAUAAGCUGCCGAACAGAUUUUCUGCCGGUGCCCGGUAGAAGUCUGGCCCCCAGGGUAAUAGUAGUACUAUAGUAAUCACGGUCGUUCAUAACUAUAGUGCUAUCAUAAAUUUCUUUCUUUACAAACAUAUUAUAAUGUUCAAAAGUCCGGCUGAAUCUUAUUGUCGCAUUGUAGUUUUGUACUGUUUAUUUGCUUGUUUUUGAGUAAUAAAUUCCUGUUUAGUACAUAAAAA